UUGUUCGGGGCAAGAGCAGCAGAUAAUAUUGACAAGUCUGACAGUGAAUGCUUCCCUUCCCUUUGAGGAGAGCGCAGAGAUGUCGCCCUUCGAAAAUAAAGGACUAAUACUUGGCGUAAUGGCAGGGACUGCUGGGAUAAGCCUGAUGCUGAUUUGGUACCAUAAGAUCCGAAAACCCGGCACAGCUGUGCACGUACCUGCAUUGGUAAAUGUAGGUAACAGGCUUAGUUCUGUGGGCUUGCAAAAUGAAGCUUCUAAUGAGCAAGGAGCAGUAAUGGUUUUACAUGGAAGGCAACUGCAGAUACUAGAAAAAUUGAAUGGCUUGCUAGUGAGUGUGGACGAGCUGAAGAGAGAGGUGAAGUUUCUGAAGGAAGCUAUUCCAAAGCUUGAAGAGCUUGUUCGAAUUGAGCUUCAGGGGAAGGGAGAUGUUCAGCGAGUUAGCCCAUCACACAGAGCAACCAAGCGGAGAAAAGCCGAGACAGCUCCUGGUGCAACAGAAACUACCAGCUCUGAGGAGGCCGAAAGUGAAGGAGGUUAUCUUACAGCUCAUACUGAUUCUGAAGGAGACUCUGAGGAUGAGAAGAGAUGUAUGAAAUCGCCUGAUGCCAUUGUGAAAUCAGCAGAAGAAGAAGAGUUAUUUAAUCUUCUGCAGAAGGUGGACAAUUUGCACAAGGGUUCAGAGGAUGAUAAAAAGGAGAGCUUCAGACUGCUGCUUGAAAAAGACAAUGAGUAUGAAAACUGUGUGGACUUUCUUUGGAGACUUGCACGCGCUUAUGGAGAUCUGUUUGAGAUGACUACUGACGCUGAGGAGAAGAGGAGAUACGUUACUGAUGGAAAGAUUGUAGCUGAAAAGGCUGUUCAGCUGGAUGCUGGGAGUGCUGAGAGUCACCAGUGGUUUGCAAUUAUGUGUGGCUAUAUGUCUCAGUUUGAAAGUGUACAAAACAAAAUCAGGAAUGGUUAUCUCUUUAAGGAGCACCUAGACAAAGCAAUUGAACUUAAGCCUCAAGAUCCUUUUUUAUAUUACCUAAACGGACGAUGGUGCUAUUCAGUAGCUCAGUUGUCUUGGAUUGAAAAGAAAGUAGCUGCUGCUCUCUUUGGGACUCCACCAACUUCAACAGUAGAAGAAGCACUGCAGAAUUUCCUUAAGGCAGAAGAAAUGCAUCCAGGAUAUUCCAAAUACAAUUAUGUGUAUUUGGCAAAGUGUUAUAAAGAUCUUGGCCAGAAAAACAAUGCACUGAAGUACUGUGAUUCUGCACUGUCAAUUCUCUCAGUUACUAAUGAGGACAAAGAGGCCCAGAAAGACUUAGAGGCUUUACUUCUCACACUGAAGCUGUGAUACUGUGCACUUUUUAACUCUUCACGCUGUGACAGAAUCGCAAAACUAAAAUGAGAGUCUACAGUGACUGGGAGCUGCGGGUAAAUUCCAGCUAAGUCAGUGGGAAAACUGUCAUUGAUUUUGGUUGGCUUGGAUCACGGCCUCUAAGCAUCUGGCAAUUAUGAUAUGAAAAUGAUGCAUUCAUUUUUGACUAUUUAUAAUCUUGUACUGAAUUUUAAUUUAAGAUUGCUGACACUGUGAGUCUGAUUCUCUGAACAUGAAGUCCACUGCUGGCAAUGGACAUACUGGGUGUUAAAAUGCAAAAUGUAUAAAUCUCAUUCUUUGAAAGAUGCAAAAUGUAUAAAUGUCACUCUUUGAAAGAUUAAUUGACUAGUAUGUGAUGCCAGCAUAGAACUGUGUGUAGCAAAAACAAACAAACAAAAUAUUUCUAUAGUAAAUUAUAUUUGUAUCAAAUAAUUUACACAGCUGUGUACUAAAGAAAAUCAUGAAUGUUUAUGUUUACGCAUUUCUCUACUCUUAUAAAAUUAGAAUCUUGUUGAAGAAAAAGCUUGUUGCCUCUGCAAAGCUCUUUUUACUUUAAACCUACUGUUGGUUUUACAUGGAAAUGUGAAAAUUUUAUAAAUUAGAGUUAUAUUUUAUUUGUAACAUCAAGCACAAUAUUAAAAAUCAGACCAAUGAAAUCAAGUGUUUUAGAUUAAUCUAUUACAGCUGUGAUGUUCUAUGGAUUUGUUAUGGAGCUUCCAUCAAGUUUGUGAAUCCUGGCUUGUUCUCUUUGAACAGUUGCCUAGCAUGGUGGCAUCAAUGUGUCUUCAGAGAACUUAGCCUAGCAUGUGACCAUCCCUAACCUUUUAUAUUAUCUAUAUAACAUAACCUGUACAUAAAAAUAGACUAAUUAAAGACCUACUACUUCUUUCUUAGUGUGUAGGACAGCAAUGUUUUCAAUAAAAUGUAACAGGUAGGGAAGGAAUUUUGUUUACCAAUGGACUGAUUGAGAAUUCACCAAAGUCUGUAGAAAAAUAAAGGCCUGUUUUCAUUGGUUUUUAAUUCGGGAUCUUAAUCUAGAUGUAGGGGGUGUAUCUGGAAGGAGUAAGCAUUUCUGUUAAAGUAAAUACAAUUGGAUAAGGAUGUUCCCUUCACCUAUUUGAUGUGUAAAAUAACAUGGACAAGGAGGACUCAUAUGGCACCAAAAUAUUGAACUAGUAAUUGGAGCUUUGAUUUUGGAGAGGUGGGGAACAGUGAAAUUAGCAACUAGGAACUAUAGUCACCACAGCAAAGAUUUAAAAAUUGGGCAGAUGCGAAGGAGUAUGAGUACAUAUGAAGUAAACUUUAACUAUUGGCAGUAGAUGCAGUAGACUGGAAGAAGACAAAUGUGUAGAGUUACAUUUGAACUUAACCUAACUCUAUGACUCCUCAUAAAGUACAGAGAUUUCUUUUCAUAAAGUAGGGCUGUCCAUUUUUUCAAUCAUUUUCUUUUAAAAUAUGUUUUCAGACAUGCAAACUUUACAGUGAGAUACCCUGAACAAAAUCUGAAAGUUUAGAAAUGAUUCUGAAUUCUCACUGUUAUCUUUACGAUUUUCAUUAUUCUGAAGAUCUUCACAAAUUGAAAUAUGCAUUUAAGUUGUUUUUAAUGUUUGUUCUGAGGGAAAAUGCUUCCUAUACCUCUUUUUCAAUUCCAGAAUCCUCUUUUUUUCACACGCAAUUUCAGAGAAAAGGGGAAAUAACAUAUGAGACAAAUCCUAUCAGAUAAUUCCUUCUAUGAGUGAAUAAUUGACUUGUGAACAGAGAAGCUUCAAGGGUGACACAUCUUGAUUUUGUUACGGGGCUUUUGGAAAAGACUGCUUUUGACAUUUUCAUAGCCACCACAGGAAGCAUAGUUUAAAUGGAUCUACAAGGGUCAUUUGUAUUUAGGGUGGUUGUUAGCAAUUCACUGUCACCACAGACGCCUUUACUUAGAUCAAUUUUAUGCUAAUUAAUAUACUUUAUAAAAUAGAUUGGAUUAUGCAACAGAUAGUUCAUUUACAAGCAAUUAUUGCCAAUAAAGGCUGAAAGUGUAUUGCAGGAAUAGAUUAGAACAAGAAGUUAUUUAAAUUAAUUGCUGAAAUUAGGUGACUUAAGUAGGAUUGGCUUCAUUAAGAGCAAAUAGGAAGUAUUGAAGUGAGUAACAGAGGAUGGAGGAGACCUGGGCAGCUGUGGUAAUUGUGUGGAAAAGGACAUGCAGAUUCCAGUGAGUGGCAAGCUAAUCAUGGGUCAAUAAUGUCAUGUUUUGUGAAAAAGCGAAUUUCAUACUAGACUGAAUAAAUAAGCAUUGCCCAUUAAAUUCACAUGAAAUAACCUUUUUACUCUAAUUGGGCCUAGUAAGAUCUAAUGAGGUCUGAGCUGGAAUACUAUAUCCAGUUUAAGGCACCACACUUCAUGGACGUUGGGGGGGCUAAUUGGAAAGAGUCCAGCGGAGAGAGACAAGAAAGAUGAGAGUGCUAGACAACAUCAUUUUGUGUGUAAAAAUUGAAAGAAUUUGGUUUGUUUAGUCUGUAGGAGCAAUGACUUAAAGGACUAUUCACAUUUGUAAAAAGCUAUCGCAGAGAAGACAGUAAAAAAGAACCACAAAACAAUCCAAAACCUUGUUCUUCAAAUCUCCUGUUCACAGGACAAGAAGUAAUUACCUACCUUUAGAUUAGGUAUUAGGAGAAAAUAAUUCUGAUGGUAACUUUGCAAAACUCUGCAAUACAUUUCCUGAGAACAUUAUCAAAUCAAUUA